AUGGUCCCUGCCGGCCCACCACCACCCCCAUUCACCCCCUCCACUCACUCACCCUCUCUCACGUACCUUUCAGGCCUUUAAGUUCUGUGCUCCUCCUCUUCUUCUCUUCUCACUGAUUGCUAAUCUUCUUGGCUUGUUGGCAUGGAAGAAGACGGGAGCUCGAGGGAGUUGAUGUUCGAGAAAGUGGUGACGCCGAGCGACGUCGGAAAGCUGAACCGGCUGGUGAUCCCGAAGCAGCACGCGGAGAGGCACUUCCCGGUGCCGGAGUCGUCGGCCGGCGAGAGCACCAAGGGGGUGCUGCUGAGCUUCGAGGACGCGUGCACCGGUCGCGCCUGGCGGUUCCGCUACUCCUACUGGAGCAGCAGCCAGAGCUACGUCAUCACCAAGGGGUGGAGCCGAUUCGUCAAGGAGAAGGGGCUCCUUGCCGGCGACACCGUCUCGUUCGCGCGCAGCCGCCAGCUCUUCUUCAUCGACUGCAAGCGCCAGAAGCGCAGUGCUAGCUACAAUUGUUAUCUCAAUGAUUACAAUAAUUACCAGCCGAUCCUCCGAGGCUUCUCCUUCCCUUUCCCUCCGCCUCUCCCCCCGCCUCCGUGGAGCUACUUCGGGCUGCCGCCGCCAUCACUCCCGGUGGCGGCGCAAAUGCAGGGGGUGAAUUCUGUCGGGCAUUUUAGCGAACAGGUGGCGUCGGCCGGCUGCCCGAAGCGAGUCAGGCUCUUCGGAGUCAACUUGGACUGCGUCCCCGAGUCCACCACUAUUAAAGAAACUCCAUCGAGGUCGCCGCCGGGGGUGUCUGCCAUGACGAACCAAGAUCGAAAGCUCUCAGAUUUGGAUCUCUAUUUAUGAGGAAGAAACACAAGCAUGUGUAGUAGUAACUAAUCCUCAAGUACCUAUCUAGCUAUGUAAUAAUUAAUUUACAUAUGUUUAAUUGUAAGUAUAAUUUGUUUAAUUUACACCCAAUAUUCCAUUACUGAUUU